AUGUCACUUCAAGAAAACUCUCAAGAAUCCACUAACAAUAUAAAUGAACAUAAAGUCGAUGAUAAUACUACAUUAGUUUCGACUUUUUGUUCAUCUGGGGCUUUGGAUGCUACUAAUAAGAUCUUUAUUGGGAAUCUUAGUUAUAAGGCCGAUGAAGCUCUUAUUCGGGACUUAUUUAAAGAUAUUGGUAAUAUUACUUGUGUUAAUAUUCCUAUGCGUCGUUUAUACAAAACUGGUGGGCUUCGCCCUCAGGGAAUUGCUUUUGUGACUUUCACUUCAAAAGAGGAUGCUCAAAAAGCUAUUAGCUUAUAUGACCGGAAAGAAUUUUUAAAUAGAAUGCUUAUUGUUACUUACGCGAAUCCUCAACCAAAAAUAUCGACCCGGCGGCAUAAAGGCAUGCGGUCUGGAUCAAAGCCUUUAAAGAAAAAUAAUGAGACUCAGGGUUCUAAAGAGACUACUGAUUUAAAGUCUAAGAAAGCAAAUUCUGUAACAGGUGUUAAUUCUGAUGGGGGUGCUUCUGGUACACAAAAGCAGGCGGAUCAGGUUAAUUCUUCUGGAACAGGUGGUGCUGAGAGUGAUAACAAGCAUAAUCGGUCACGUUUUACUCGACCUGGAUUUAAACGUGGUCCAAAGGGCCCUCCUGCUAAUGGUGUUGAUAGUAAAACAACAGUUUUUGUUGCGGGGCUUUCAUAUGAUACCAGGAUUGAACAUCUUAUAGAAUGGUUUUCAGCAUAUAAUCCUUUAAGUGCUCAUGUUGCUCUUCGCCCAAUACCUCGUUAUAUGAUUCAAAAGCUAGCAGCAAGAGGAGAACAACGGAAAGGGCGUGGUUUUGGUUUUGUCACGUUUGAAAAUGAAGAUAUGCAGACUAGGGCGGUGGCAGAAAUGAAUGACAAGGAGAUUGAUGGGAAGACGUUGAUUGUAAAGGUUGCUGUUGAUAAACCUCAAAAUCUAGCGGUCGCCAAUGGUUCUCAGGAACCUGGUUGCAACAAUGCCGUCACAGAUUAA